UUUAUUAAAGAUGGCGACUUCCACGGUCAGAGAGGUUCCGCCGUUUUUGUCAUUUGUUUUCUAAAGUUUCCUUGCAUUUUAAUCGUUAGUUCCGUGAAGCAAUGUAUCAGAAGCAGUAGUUCAGCUACCCUUUUAUUCGCGGAAAGAUGAUUGACCAGUUUGUCAGCGGCCUGAAAAGCCGCAGUGAGGAGAGGAGGACCAGGACGGCCAAGGCCCUGCAGCACUAUGUCACCACCGAGCUACGGGAGGUGUCGCAGGACGAGAGGACCUCGUUCAUGGACGAGCUGAAUCAUCACAUCUUUGAGCUGGUGUCCAGUCAGGACGUGAACGAGAAGAAGGGUGGCAUCAUGGCAAUCGUGAGCCUGAUCAGCAUUGACAGCGACAACGCCCACCGCAUCACCCGCUUUGCCAACUACCUGCGCACCUUGCUGCCGUCCAGCGACGUGGCGGUCAUGGAGAUGGCCGCUAAAGCCAUCGGCCGGCUGGCCAUGGCCGGCGGGACCUUCACGCCGGAGUACGUGGAGUUUGAGGUCCGCAGGGCGCUGGAGUGGCUAGGGGGAGACAGGAACGAGGGGCGCAGACACGCUGCCGUGCUUGUCUUGCGUGAGCUUGCUGAGAACACCCCGACAUUUUUCUUCCAGCAAGUGCAAAGCUUCUUUGACCACAUCUUUAAUGCGAUCAGGGAUCCAAAGCAAGCCAUACGGGAGGCAGCCGUAGCCGCUCUAAGGGCUUGCCUGGAACUGACCUCACAACGCGAGACUAAAGAAAUGCAGAAGCCACAGUGGUACAAGCAAACCUACUUAGAAGCAGAGAAAGGUUUUGAGGAGGUGACGUCCAAAGAGAAGGGCCUGAAUCGCGACGACCGUGUCCACGGUUCGCUGCUCAUCAUCAAUGAACUCAUCCGGAACAGCAGCAUGGAGGGAGAGCGUCUUCGUCGAGAAAUGGAGGAUGUUUCUCAGGAACAAUCUCAACAUGAACACAGCUUUAAGCCACCUACUCCGGAGCAUUGGUACCGGCGUAAUCGCAAUCGUUUCCUGCGAUUGCCUAAGGAGUUCCACAGUACCAGCCUCAAGUCUCGCCUCAGCAUCCUGUCCUCGGGCGUCGGCCAGGGCCUGCAGCACUCACAGCGCUCCUCGGUCACCGGCGCCCUGUCCUCCCUGGUCUCCCCCAGCCUGCAGCCCAAGCCCCGGUUCGUGGAGAGCCGCUUCUGCCGUGAGCUCAUGGAAUCUAAGUUUGACGAGGUUUGUCAACAGGUACUGAAGUACCGUAACAGUCGUAGUCCCCUCAUACAGCAGACACUGCUGACUCUCAUACCAAGACUGGCCGCCUUCCAACCUGCCAGAUUUGUCAGUCUAUACUUGGAUGAUUCGGUUCAGCAUCUCUUGAAUAGUUUGAGAAAGGAGCGAGAGCGUUCCAGUGCCUUCCAGGCCGUGGGUCUGUUGUCUGUUGCUGUCAAGCAUGAGAUCAUGCCGCAUCUGCAGAACAUCCUAGUCAUAGUCAAGGCCUCUCUGCCACACAAGGACUACCACAGCAAGAAGCACAAGACGAGCCCAGUAGACCCCUCUGUCUUCACCUGUAUCAGCAUGCUGGCCAGGGCCGUGGGUAACAACAUCUACGGUGACGUCAAAGACAUCUUGGAACCUAUGCUGGCUGUUGGGCUCAGCCCCGCCCUGACGGCCUCCCUGCAUGACCUAGCCCAGCAGAUCCCCCGCCUCAAGAAGGACAUCCAGGAUGGCCUCCUCAAGAUGCUGUCCCUGGUGCUGAUGAACAAACCCCUCAAGCAUCCCGGCACGCCCAAGGGCCUCAUGUCUCCAGUAUCCCCUGCCGGUUCCAGCCAAGGAGCCAGCGAGUUUGGCGACAUCACCAGCACGGUGCUGGCCCUGCAGACCCUGGGCAGCUUUGACUUUGAGGGCCACUCCCUGACCCAAUUCGUCCGUCACUGCGCUGACCACUUCCUGUCCAGCGAGCACAAGGAAAUCCGGGCCAAGGCCGCCAGGACUUGCGCUCAGCUCCUGCAACCAUCGAUCAACCUUCGUUCCAACCGACCCCACCCAGUCAGCACUACUAACAUCCAGGUGGUAGCUGACGUGCUCAGCAAGCUUCUAGUAGUUGCCAUCACAGACUCAGAUCCCGACAUUCGCUACUGCGUGUUAGCUUCCCUGGAUGAUCGCUUCGACGGCCACCUGGCCCAGGCAGAGAACCUUAGCGCGCUGUUUGUGGCCCUCCAUGACGAGGUGUUUGAGAUCCGGGAGCUGGCCAUGUGCACCAUCGGCAGACUCAGCAAUCUCAACCCGGCCUUCGUCAUGCCAUCCUUGAGAAAGACUCUAAUACAGAUUCUGACCGAGUUGGAGCACAGCGGUGUGGGUCGUAACAAGGAACAGAGUGCCAGGAUGCUGGCUCAUCUGGUGUCUAACGCACCCCGCCUCAUCAGACCCUACAUGGAACCAAUACUCAAGGCGUUGAUUCCCAAGCUGAAGGAGGCCGACCCCAACCCCAGCGUUGUCAUCAACGUCCUGGCAGCCAUUGGAGAACAGGCUCAAGUGAGUGGUACGGAGAUGAGAAAAUGGAUGGACGAGCUUUGCCCAAUCAUUCUGGACAUGCUACAAGACUCGGCGUCACUCCGCAAGAGAGAGGUUGCUCUCUGGACCCUGGGCCAGCUAGUGGAAAGCACAGGCUCGGUGGUGGAUCCUUACAAGAAGUACUCCAACCUCCUGGACGUGCUUCUCAACUUCCUCAAGACGGAGCAGUCGGCUAACAUCCGCAGAGAGACCAUCCGAGUUCUGGGCUUACUGGGUGCCUUGGACCCGUACAAACACAAAGUCAACCAGGGCUUUGUGGACAGUCACGGGGAGGGUGGAGCCGCGCUGAGCAUGUCAGAUGUCAAGAUAGGAACGGAAGGGGAGUACACCGCCAGCGAGAUGCUAGUCAACAUGGGCAGCGCCACCCUGGAGGAGUUCUACCCGGCCGUCGCCAUAGCGACCCUGAUGCGCAUCAUGCGUGACUCCUCAUUGGCCAAUCACCACACGGGCGUGGUCCAGGGCAUCACCUUCAUCUUCAAGAGCCUCGGUGUCAAGUGCGUCCAGUUUCUGCCGCAGAUCAUGCCCACCUACCUGAACGUCAUCCGCACCUGUGACGCUGGCAUCCGUGAGUUCCUUUUCCAGCAGUUGGGUAUCAUGAUCUGCAUCGUCAAGCAGCACAUCCGUAACUACCUGGACGACAUCUUUGAUCUUGUCCGAGAUUUCUGGACAGUGAACAGCCCGCUACAGAACACAGUGAUCCUGCUGGUGGAGCAGACUGUGGUGGCCCUGGGCGGUGAAUUCAAGCUGUACCUGCCGCGUAUCGUGCCUCAGAUGCUGCGCGUCUUCAUGCACGAUAACAGCCAGGGACGCGUUGUCACAACCAAGCUCCUGAAUGCUAUGCAGAAGUUUGGUGCCAAUCUGGAUGACUACCUGCAUCUGCUACUACCACCGGUGGUCAAACUCUUUGACUCUAAUGACAUCCCCAUGACUGUCAGGAGAACUGCUCUUGAGACCAUAGACCUGCUAUGCGGCACCUUAGACUUCACGGACUUUGCUUCCCGCAUCAUCCACCCGUUGGUCCGCACCCUGGACACCACCCCGGAGCUGCGCUCCAUCGCCAUGGACACCCUGGAGUCCCUGGUCCUGCAGCUGGGCAAGAAGUACCACAUCUUUGUGCCCAUGGUCAACAAGGUGCUGGUCAAGCAUCGCAUCGUCCACCAGAAGUACGAGACCCUGGUGCUCAAGAUCAUCAAGGGAAACUCCAUUGCAGAGGAUGAGUUGCUCCUACUGCGCACCAGGGCCAAGAAGGCCAACCAGAAGGACGACGGUAACGCCGGCAUGGAACCUGUCAGUCUCAAGAAACUCCACGUCAAGACUAACAAUCUCACCAAGGCAUGGGCCGUGACUCGCCGUGUCUCCCGCGAUGACUGGGUGGAGUGGCUACGUCGUCUGAGCGUUGAGCUUCUCAAGGAAUCGCCCUCCCACGCCCUGAGAUCCUGCUGGGCCCUGGCCCAAGCCUACAACACGCUGGCAAGAGAUCUAUUCAAUGCCGCCUUCGUCUCGUGCUGGUCGGAGCUGACUGAGACGGAUCAGGACAGCCUGAUUCAGAGCCUGCAGAAGGCCCUGACUUCACAGGACAUCCCGGAGAUUGUACAGAUCCUACUGAAUCUUGCCGAGUUCAUGGAGCACUCAGACAAGGGCCCAUUACCACUGAACACCAUGCUACUCGGUGAGUGUGCCUCUAAGUGCAGAGCCUACGCCAAGGCACUACACUACAAGGAGGAGGAGUUCCACCGAGGACCAAACACUGAAAUACUGGAGGCUCUCAUCAGCAUUAACAACAAGCUACAUCAGCCAGAGGCAGCCUAUGGAGUCCUGCAAUAUGCCAUGAAGAACUACCGCGCUGAAUUGCAAAUUCAAGAGACUUGGUACGAGAAGCUCCACGACUGGGACAACGCCCUCCUUGCCUACGAGAAGAAGCAGAAAGAGGACCCAGAUGAAUUCACACUGACCCUGGGCAGGAUGCGCUGCAUGGAGGCUCUCGGAGACUGGCGACAGCUGCAUGACUUGGCCUGCGAGCGUUGGCCGAUGGUGACAGAUGAGGGCCGGCAGGCGAUGGCGCGCAUGGCCGCGGCGGCUGCCUGGGGCCUAGGCAACUGGGACAGCAUGGAGGAGUACGCAUGCCUGAUACCCAGGGAGUCCUACGAUGGAGCCUUCUACCGCGCGGUGCUGGCCGUUCAUCAGGACCACUUUGGACAAGCCCAGCAGUGCAUUGACAAGGCGCGUGACAUCCUGGACACGGAGCUGACGGCCAUGGCCGGGGAGAGCUACGACCGUGCCUACGGCGCCAUGGUGUCCGCUCAGAUGCUGUCUGAGCUGGAGGAGAUCAUCCGCUACAAGCUGGUCUCGGAGAGACGGGACAUCAUCAAACAGAUGUGGUGGGACAGACUCCAGGGUUGCCAGCGUAACGUGGAGGAUUGGCAGCGGAUCAUCCAGGUCCGCUCGCUGGUCAUCAACCCUCAGGACGACCUCCGGACCUGGCUCAAGUAUGCCAGCCUCUGCCGCAAGACUGGACGCAUGCAACUCUCCCACAAGACCCUGGUGAUGUUGUUGGGCGUGGACCCUAAGAGCAUCCAGGACACGCCAUUUGAGGCCCUGGCGACUGUCAAGCACCCUCGGGUGGUCUUUGCCUACCUGAAGCACAUGUGGAAAGAGGACAAACAGACGCAGGCUUUUGAGCAGCUGGGCCACUUUGUGCAUUCCACCUUGACCCAGCAUAUGUCAUCAGGGAUGGGGUCAACAGAAGAGACUGAACGCAGGGAGCUACACAAACUCAUGGCAAGGUGCUACUUGAAGCUGGGUGAGUGGCAGCAGAGUCUGGAGGGCACCAGCCAGCACACCAUUGAGGAUAGUCUGGUCUACUUCAGCAAGGCCACUGAGCAUGACAGGGACUGGUAUAAGGCAUGGCAUUCCUGGGCCUUCAUGAACUACGAGGCCUGCCUGUACUACAAGCUGCAGUCGGCCACGUCCACCUUGCCCUUACCCCCGCCCCCGGCCACCAGCACGCCCAAGGGCAAGGCGGAGGAAGGCGGGGCCGAGGAUGUGGUAGAGCGAGGGGAGGGGCUUGAGGAGACCAAGGAGGAGGAGGUCGUGGAGGAACCGGACACGGAGCCGAUUGAGGAUAGCGGUACCGAGCAGCAGCUGGUGUCGUCUCAGAUGGCCAUCCAGAAUUACAUCCAGAAGUAUGCGGUGCCGGCCGUGCAGGGCUUCUUCCGUUCCAUCGCGCUGUCCCGCGGCAACUCCCUGCAGGAUACGCUGCGUCUCCUGACGCUGUGGUUUGACUACGGCCAGUGCAGCGAGGUGUACGACGCCCUGGUGGAAGGCAUCAAGUCCAUCCAGAUUGACACCUGGCUGCAGGACACCUGUAUGCACUACUAG